AUUAGCAUUUGUUUUUCCUCGGUACAUGAAGACAAAUAUCAGCUGUGCGCUCCAGUCACGUGGCUCUCUCUCUGACUUCUGCGCUCCGGGUUUGACGCCACAGUUGCGCCGUGGAGAGGCUCCACUCUCACUUUGCGGAGCUUUUCGCCUCAGCCCGGACCGAGAGAGGAUCAUGAGCGGAUCCGUGUCUGGCUCUCCUCCGCGGCGGCUCGUCCUCCUCCUCCACCUCCUCCUCUGUGCCUCCGCCUGAGCUGAGAAGUUGGUUUUCGGUCUGAUGUUUCCCCUCCGAGCGUCAUUUAGGAGAGAAUGCGUCUUCUCGUUUUUGCGACUUUAUUCGGAGUCCUUCGCGACGCAGGAGAUGCCCUUCAGAUCCAGUGUUACCAGUGCGAGGAGAUGAAGCACAAUGACUGCUCCACACCAGAGUACAUCGUCAACUGCACUGUCAACGUACAAGACAUGUGCCAGAAGGAGGUGCUGGUCAAACCUGAUGGAAUACAUUAUCGGAAGUCCUGUGCCUCCUCUGGUGCUUGCCUCAUCGCCUCCUCUGGCUACCAGCAGUUCUGCACCGGGAGGCUGAACUCAGUCUGCAUCUCCUGCUGCAACACCCCGCUCUGCAACGGGCCAAAGAGGAAGCGCCCCGCCUCGUUGGCGGCGAUGCCAAACUCACAGACGAACCGGCCUCUUCUCCUCCUCCUGACCUUUUUCCUGCUGCCACUGAUGCUCCUCCCGCUGACGUAGACGGUCCCACCAUAUUCCCACUGUUCACCCUGGAGCCCGGACAUGCAGUCACUGCUGUGAUAGACUGAAGGUGCAGACUUGGACACCAUACUGGCUUUGUAUCUUCUCAGCAUCAUGAAAAAACUGUGAAUCUGAUCGAUAUAACACCGUAACCACUGAGAGUGACACUGCAGAACUGGAAACUGGAAGCGUACCAGGCUUUCUGAAUCACGCAUCUGCUCUCCUUUUGCCCAGAGAAGGACCAUCCAGUCUGCUGCCGAGGCAUCUCUCAAUUUCUUUGCUUUUUGUGAAGUGGAGCGUUUUGUGAAGAACCUGCUCUGAAGUUAUUUUCUGGUUAUUACAUGCUGUAAAAGGUGCAGGUAGAAGUUAUUGUAGAAAUCAUAUUUUGAAGCUUUUAUUUUGUGGGCUUUAUUUGAUUUAUGGUUUGAUACAGCAGUGUUGCUUUUAUUUCUUUUUGAUGCUGUUGCUGUUGUUGCUCAGACCACACGAUUUUUCUUAUUUCAAACUCACUACAAAAGAACUGACCUUACGAACCUUAACCAUAUUUAUAAUCUUCAUGUGUUGUGAUGAAGAAGGCACUUUGAUUCAGGCACUUUGAUUCAGACAAAUGAGGACUGAUAAAUAAGAUUUCAGUGUUUUCUUGCAGCAUAUUAUCCCAUCAUAUUUAUGCAUAUUUUCCACUGCCAUACAGUAUUGAUUGACAUUUCACUACAGGGAAUAUGAAGGAUGCUGAAAUGGUUUUGGAAAGCCUGUUUGUGUUUUUGCUUAUUCAUCCUCGAUCAUAAAAUUGGUGGAGUUCUGCCAUUUGAACAGCUUAUUAGAGAUAUUAUAGAGACAUUAAUAUUCCAUAUGUUACUUUGCGAAAUGAGAUAUUGAACCGUCUUGGAGCUGAACCUAGAAACACCUGGUGCAGUGAGUGAUAACAUUUGUGUUAUGUAGACGUAGUGCAGUGUGAGAACAAGCUAUAAGCACAAAUAAAUUCUCUUCAGGGUGAUAUCAGCCAUUUUUUUCUGUAACUUAAGAGAAUUAAACAUACAUCCAAAAUCAUAGCUAGUGAUGCAUGUGGCCACCGCUAUAGACCAAAUACUGUAUUUAUAAUCUACACCAAUGAAAACUAAUUUAACUUAUGGAUCAUAUUUCCAUAUUCAGAUGGGCAUUUUAGGUCAUAUUUCCCUUUAAAUUAUUUAUUUGCCUCAUGAGGUUUUAUUUUACUGCUUUGCUGCAUUAUUUUUCCCAGUCUGUACAUUGUUGUAUUUAUAUGUAGUGAAUGUGCUGUAGACAACAACAGUGCAGAGAUUCUCACUGUAUUUUAAAGCCACAAAUGAAGGUCUGAUGAAGGGUGUAGAGCAGAGCAAAGAGAAACUGCUCUGAGGCUCAAUAUGAUGAUUUCAAUCAGACAUUCACGUCACGUUAUUAUGAUAUUGUUUCCAUAUUAAAAGAAGAAUGUUGUAUAUGAAUUAAUAUCCUAAAUCUUGUAACAGAAAAUUAUUUACGGUUUCAGGCAAGAGAUGGACCAUCUGAUAAAUGUUCAUGGCAGUUUUUUGACUGGUCUUCUGUGAAGAGUAACACUGUAUCCUGCUGAUAUGUGAUGUAAAUAAAUGUUGCAGAAAAAUG